CUGUUAUCCAAAGUGAGAUGCACAGCCAAAGUGAGAAUUGGUAGUAGCGGCAGAUAAAAAUGUUGAUAACGGUCAGAGAAGCUUCUUCUUCUCCCCUUCGCUUCCACCUAUCCACCCUUUCUCAUCUCAACCCCAAAGCCUGUCGGAGACCCAAAACAUCGUUCUGCCGAGCCAGCUUUUCUGUUCAGAGAAAACCCAGCAGCACCGUAUCAUGGAACAUGGGUCUUGUCUCAGAAAGCUGUGAGGGCUCCAAUUUUGAUCCCUUGAAUAUUAAUUCAGAUUCAUCUUCUGGUCUAAAUGCUGUCUGGGAAAGUUUUCUAUGCUUGUUUUCACAAACAUAUGAGGGUGCCUCUGGUACAAAAAAGGAGAAACCUAGCUCUGCUCGAGGAGUGGCAGCUGCAAUAGAGGACAGUUCCAUUGAUUUUGGGGACUUCUUCAAAGGGCCAUUACCAGGAAAGUUUCUCAAGCUCUUGGGAUAUCUAGCCUUAUCCCGACUUGGAAUAUAUAUACCUCUUGGUGGGGUAAAUAGCGAGGCUUUUCUUGGAAAUUUGGAUCAGAACAGUUUAUUAAGCACUUUGGAUUCUUUUUCUGGAGGAGGCAUUGGUAGACUUGGGAUAUGCUCUCUUGGUAUUGUUCCCUUCAUCAAUGCACAGAUUGUGUUCCAGCUUCUUGCGCAAAUAUAUCCAAAGUUGCAAGAUCUUCAAAAAAGAGAAGGAGAAGCAGGAAGAAAGAAAAUUCUUCAGUAUACUCGAUACGCUUCGGUUGGGUUUGCCAUAGUACAGGCAAUUGGCCAAGUACUCUACCUUCGUCCCUAUGUUAAUGACUUCAGUACGCAGUGGGUUCUUACUUCUGUUACCUUAUUGACACUUGGCUCAGUAUUUACAACAUACAUUGGGGAGCGAAUCUCUGACCUAAAACUUGGAAAUGGCACAUCUCUUUUGAUAUUCACAAGCAUUAUCUCCUACUUGCCAGCAUCUUUUGGUAGGACUGUUUCACAGGCAUUUCAGGAUGGUAACUACAUUGGACUCAUUGCCAUCGUUGUCUCCUUCUUUCUAUUGGUCCUCAGUAUUGUAUAUGUUCAGGAAGCGGAGAGGAAAAUUCCACUUAACUAUGCUUCAAGAUACACCAGUAGAAGUGGAGGACUUCAAAAAUCUGCUUACCUACCCUUUAAGGUGAAUAGUUCUGGGGUGAUGCCAAUCAUAUUUUCUACAUCAUCAUUAGCUCUUCCUGGUACUCUAGCACGCUUCACUGGUUUAACUGUGCUGAAGAAUGCUGCAGUGGCUUUAAAUCCAGGGGGUUCCCUCUAUCUUCCGACGAACAUCCUUUUAAUAGGUUUCUUCAACUACUAUUAUACUUUCCUACAAUUGGACCCCGAUGAUGUGAGUGAACAGUUAAAACGCCAAGGUGCAUCAGUUCCACUUGUCCGACCUGGUAAAAGUACCGCUGCAUUUAUUAAAAUGGUUCUUAGUCGGAUAUCAGUUCUUGGUUCGGCCUUUUUGGCGAUCCUGGCUGCUGGUCCUGCCGUGAUUGAACAAACCACACACCUGACUGCAUUUCGGGGAUUUGCUGGCACAUCUGUUCUCAUUCUUGUUGGCUGUGCAACAGAUACUGCUAGAAAAGUUCAAGCAGAAAUAAUAUCCCAGAAGUACAAGAACAUAGAGUUUUAUGACACUGAAAGGUACGGCCCAUAAAAGGAAUGGCAGGUUAAAGGCUAGAGAGUGGACAAAUCUGCAAAAGAACUUAUAGUGGGAAUCUGGCUCUCUAUAGAUAGCAUGGUGAUACUUUUCCAUGUUGGUUUGAUUCUGCAGUCCCUGUAUUAUACUAUUUUUGAUAAUAAAUAUUGAUUUAGGCUUGUACAUAGUGCUGCAGAACAGCCCAAAUUUUCUUCCUCUAAAAUCUAUGGCAAAUAAUUGCAAAUUUCAUCGUUUGUUAA